AUGUUUAAGAUUAUUAAGGGGAAGAAGAAAGGUUCGAAACAAGAAGCCAUUGAACCACCUCCAGGGCCUAACCCUUCAUCUGAUGUAACUGUAAACCACGCUUCUCGUUCAGCUAUUGUCAUCGACCAACAGCCUAUCGUCAGGCCACCGCUAACCACCAUUUCCACAUCUCCACCACAACCUGGCGUCGUUGAAAUCUUACCUAUGUUGAAAGAUGUCCCUGUAGCAGAUCGGCAUGUUUUGUUUCUCAAAAAGCUUCAGAUCUGUUCAUACAUUUUCGAUUUCACAGACACAUUGAAGAACACUAUGGAGAAGGAGAUCAAAAAGCAGAACCUUUUAGAGCUUGUGGAGUUAGUACAAUCAGGUUCAAGUAAGAUGAAUGAAAUCAUGCAAGGUGAGAUGAUCAAGAUGAUAUCUUUAAACAUCUUUCGCUGUUUACCCCCUCAAGCACAUGAAAACACAGGAACUGAAAAUCUUGACCCUGAAGAAGAUGACAUGUUCUUAGAUCCCUCAUGGCCACACCUACAAGUUGUCUAUGAAUUGCUUCUAAGAUACGUUGUGUCAUCUGAUACAGAUACUAAAGUAGCAAAAAGAUAUCUGAAUCAUUCAUUCGUAUUAAACUUACUUGAUUUAUUUGAUACAGAAGAUCCAAGAGAACAAAGGCAUCCUGGAAUUAGUGAAUUGUUGGAGAUUCUUGGAAGUAUAAUAAAUGGUUUUGCUGUUCCUAUGAAGGAAGAACAUAAGUUGUUUCUUUCAAGGGCUCUUAUUCCACUUCAUAAGCCGAAAUCUGUUAAUUUAUAUCAUCAACAGUUGUCAUACUGUGUAACACAGUUUGUUGAAAAGGAUUAUAAGUUGGCUGAUAUUGUUAUUAAAGGGUUAUUGAAGUAUUGGCCUGUUACUAAUUGUGGAAAAGAAAUUUUGUUUCUUGGAGAAUUGGAAGAAGUUUUGGAUGCUACUCAACCUGUUGAAUUUCAACGUGUUAUGCUUCCUUUGUUUACAAGAAUUGGAAGAUGCAUUAAUAGCACUCAUUUUCAGGUAGCGGAACGCGCACUUUUUUUAUGGAACAACGAACGCGUAGUGACAUUGAUCGCACAAAAUCGACACAUGAUUUUGCCCAUAAUAUUUGAAUCAUUAGAGAAGAACAUACAAGGUCAUUGGAAUCAGUCAAUCAAUGAGUUGACCACAAAUGUCAGAAGAAUGUUCAUUGAAAUGGACCCCGACCUCUUUGAAGAAUGUCAGACUCGCUACAUGGAUAAAGAAGCCAUGGUCAACGAAAAAGUCAAGCAACGUGAGUUGACUUGGAAGAAACUUGAGUCAAUCGCCUCAUAAUUUUCAUGUAUUUUUUUUUUAAAUUUAUUUUAUCGUUGUUUUUCUGUUUAGUGUGCUUACCGGUUCUUAAAUUCAUAGUAUACUUUUAAUAACGGAAUUUUAAAGAUAUUAAAAUUAGUUUUGCAUUAUUUUAAUUCGGUUUAUUUAUUGUGUGAAUAAA